GUAGGAUAGCUGAAUGAUACUUCAUGGUCUGGAAUUGGGCCAGACAUUGUCUCCUGCAGAAAGUUUUAAAGCUUUUUCCUUCACUUAAAAGAUUAUUCCUUAUGUUGGUCACAUACCUGGCGGUUAAGCUAAAAACGCAUCUGACCUUCUGGUAUUGUUGCUGAUGACGGGGAUCUUGCUAUUUAAAAUUAGUGUCAGCACAUGCACAUUUUUGUUUACCCAAAGCCUGAUUUGUUCACUGAUAAUA